GGGGGGGGUGAGGAUGGCCGUGCCCGGGCAGGACCCGCACCCAGCAUCCCCUCGGGCCGGCGGCGGGGGAGGCGGUGCCGAUGUGCGGGGCGGGGCGGGGGCCGGACGGACUCCAUGUCCCAGGGUCCCCGGGGCCGGGGCCCGGGCCGCGCCGUGCCGGGGAAGGGGGAAGGAUGCUGCGGGCGGGCUGCCGAGCCGCGCUGCCCCGCUGGCCGCCGGCCUCCGCGCCGCUGAGCGGGGCCGGGGGGGUCGGGGAAGGGGGGGAAGCGAAGCGGACGCCGCUGGACGCCCUGCACCGGUCCCGCGGCGGGAGGAUGGUGGCGUUCGCCGGCUGGAGCCUGCCGCUGCACUACGGGCAGGGCCACCUGCAGUCCCACCUGCACACCCGCCGCCACUGCUCCCUCUUCGACGUCUCCCACAUGCUGCAGACCCGGGUGUAUGGCCGGGACCGUGUCAGGUUCAUGGAGAGCUUGGUGGUGGGGGACAUCGGCGAGCUGAAGCCGGGACAGGGCACCCUGACACUGGUCACCAACGAGAGGGGCGGCAUCGUAGAUGACCUCAUUGUCACCAACACGUCAGAAGAUCACCUCUAUGUGGUGUCCAACGCUGGCUGUGCCGAAAAGGACUUGGCUGUCAUGAGGGACAGAGUGGCGGAGCUGCAGGCUGCCGGCAGUGACGUCCACCUGGAGGUGUCGGACAACGCGCUGCUGGCUCUGCAAGGUCCCUCCAUGGCACGGGUGCUGCAGGCGGGGCUGUCGGAUGACCUCUCCAAGCUGUUCUUCAUGAACAGCAUCACCACGACGGUCUUUGGUGUGCCGGGCUGCCGGGUCACGCGCUGCGGUUACACUGGCGAGGAUGGCGUAGAGAUCUCGGUGCCCGCGGGGCGGGCGGUGGAGCUGGCCGAGAGGCUGCUGGGUGUCCCUGAGGUGUGGCCAGCGGGGCUGGCGGCCAGGGACAGCCUGCGCCUGGAGGCCGGGCUCUGCCUCUACGGCAAUGACAUCGACGAGACCACCACGCCUGCCGAGGCUGGGCUGCUGUGGACCUUGGGAAAGCGGCGGCGUGCGGCCAUGGACUUCCCCGGCGCGGCUGUCAUCAUGGCACAGGUGAAAGAGAAGCCGAAGCGCAGGCGUGUGGGGCUGACGUCAGUGGGACCCCCCAUCCGUCCCCACACGGCCAUUCUGGGCCCCGAGGGCACGUCUGUGGGCACGGUGACCAGCGGCUGCCCCUCGCCCUCCCUGGGCAAGAACAUCGCCAUGGCCUACGUGGAGGCGGCACACAGCCGGGCCGGCACCGCGCUCACCGUCGAGGUGCGGAAGAAGCAGCACCCGGCCGUCAUCACCAAGAUGCCCUUCGUUCCCACCCAGUACUAUAUGGCCAAGUGAGGCCACCACCCGCUGCGGGCACGGCACCCCAAUAAACGCCCCUGCCCCAC